AUGGCGAUGCUAGCACUUAGAUACACAAUUCUGGCAAUUUUCAUCUCUAUAUUUUCGAACCCUCUGCUCGUCUACUCGAAACAAGCUGUGCUGAAGCAGCAUAGUGCCGACAGUCCGGACUCUUCGCUAUCACCUCCUGCGUUGACGUAUAUACCACCUGUAGGCCUUGGACUAUGGCUUUCCAAGGGCUCAAAUGCAACACAAGCGGUGGAGUCCGCGCUCAAUGCCGGGUAUCAUCAUCUUGACUCGGCUGCCGCUUACAACAAUGAAGAAUAUGUCGGCAAGGGCAUUUCCUUGUCCAAUCUUCCUCGCUCUUCUUUUUGGAUAACAUCCAAACUCUGGAACUCUGCACAUCGACCCAGUGAUGUACGGCCGGCCUUGGAAAAGACGCUCUCCCAGCUCGACGUACCUUACCUGGAUCUUUACCUCAUGCACUGGCCAGUUGCUUUCAACCCCGAGAAAUCUGGCAGCGUCCUCGACAAGGAUACGUCCAUCCUGAACACCUGGCGAGCUAUGGAGGAUCUCGUCCGAGCCGGCCUCACAAAGCACAUCGGCGUCUCCAAUUUUGCCAAACACGAUGUUGAUGAUCUGCUAAGUAAAUGCGAGAUCUGUCCCACAGCUCACGAGUUCGAGACUCAUCCCUACCUUCAACAGCAAGAUUUCGUAGACUUCCACCACAGAAACGGGAUGCAGAUAAUCGCUUAUUCGCCACUGGCCAAUGUCAAUCCCAUCUAUGACUCCAAGAACAAAUUAGCACCCAUACUGGAGGAUCCCUUUUGGGUGGAAUUAGCCAAGGAGAAGAACGUGACGGCUGCACAGGCGAUUCUUGCCUGGGGCAUCCAAAGAGGUACGGUCGUCAUCCCCAAAAGUGUCCAUGAAGGGAGGAUUAUCGAGAACUUUGCGAGUCAAUAUGUGCGAUUCAGCGAUGCGGAGAUGGAGAUGGUUGCCGGGCAAGACAGACAGGCAAGAUUUAACAAUCCAUCAAAGGGUUGGGGAGUGGAUCUUUUUGAUGAUCUGGAUGGAGUGUAA